AUUACUAUUGACAACUCAUUACUUUUCUGUAAUGACCUGUUCUUUUUCCCUAAUUAACUUAUAAAUUGGGAUGAAUUUUCUUACCUCUUCUUUUUUUCCCCAACACACAUUAAUGUCCCUUACCUAUUCAUGUACCCUUAAUUGAUGUCAUUCUUUAAAAUGGAGACAAAAACGCCGCCUAAAGACUUCUCUCCAUCUAACCAACAACACCAACACCAUGAUCGGCACCCUUGCAAAUGCACCCCGCCUAAGCCCACCUUACAAGCCUUUACGGAACGUGUAACGAACGCGUUACUCCACCAUAUCUUCCUCCUAUAUAGGUCAGACCCAGAGUUUUACGUCCUAGGAGCAACAGGUAACGUGUACAUUGUUAACAUAUCAAUAACACCCUCAUGCACGUGCCCUGAUCGUACCACCCCAUGCAAGCACAUCCUCUUUGUGCUCAUCAAGGUCCUAGGGUUCCCCCUCGACGAUCCAGGCUUAAGGAGGCAAACUAUAAGUCCUUGCCACCUCGAGAAGCUUCAAGCCACCCCGAGCUCCCCAGUAUCCCUAGCAAGCCAUACACUACGCCAGAGGUUCCACCAAGUUUUUUUCUUAAAGAAAGAGUUAGGCUUACGCAAUGCAAACCUAAAGCCGUGUAUGAAAGCUGAGGUUGGGGGUACAUGUCCGAUAUGCCUAGAGAUGGGGAGGUCCGGGGAUCGGAUGGUGGCUUGCGAAACAUGUAGGAUUCCAAUCCAUGAGGAAUGCUUGAUGACUUGGAAGAGGACUCAAAGGAAAGAAUUGACAAAAUGUUUAACUUGUAGGUCACAAUGGAAACAGAAAGGUGAUCAACAAAGGUAUUUGAAUCUAUCUGAUUAUGUUAGUGAGGAUGAAACAAGUCCCAAAACCGAAAGAUCGUAAAGGGUUAAUGCAUGCUGUGAAUCCAUGAAGAACAUACAUAUAUUUAUUUAGUUGAUCAAGUAGAAGCAGAAGAUCUUUUGUU